AUGACGCGCCAGUCUCACGUCGUGGUAGUCGGCGCCGGAGUGCUCGGACUGACCGACGCCUUUGAGCUGCGAGAGCGAGGUUACAAGGUCACCAUCCUCGCUCGCGAUCUUCCGCAAGACUCGUUCUCUCAGGCAUUUGCAAGCCCCUGGGCAGGAGCAAAUUGGUGCUCGUUUGCAACGCUCACGGACAAAGUAGCACAGCGUCGCGAUGAGGUCACGUUCAAGAAGUGGCUCAAGCUGCAUACGCAGCUGCCGCCGGAAGUCAUGGCGAUGGUCGAGUUCACCGAUAUCAGUCCCAUCAAGCGAGAAGCCAAGGACGUAUGGUACAGCAAUCUCACACCCAACUUUACCGUCAUCCCUGCAGGAGACGGUACGGGCGCACACGCCAUCAAGUACAACUCCUUCACCAUCAGUGUCCCACUCUAUACGCAGUGGUUGGUGUCCGAGUUGACCUCUCCCCGUCCCACCCUCUUGACUACCGCCCGGGCUGGACCGCCAGUGGAGAUUCGACGCUGUUCGACGCUCACCUCCUUAUCCUCAGUGCGGUCGCUCGUACCUGGGUGCGAUGUGGUCGUCAAUGCGACCGGGGUAGGCGCGGCGGAUCUCGCCGACGUGCGCGAUCCCAACGUCUACCCCAUCCGCGGCCAAACGGUUCUUGUAUCCGUACCCUCCUUCAAGAGCCCCAAUACCGGUGCCCGGUGCGUGAUGAAGCUCGGUAGCCCAGCGAACUAUGUCAUCCCCCGCGCAAGAUCCGGCCAAGUCAUCCUCGGCGGCUCGUUCGACGUUCGCCAGUCCAGCACCACCCCGAAUAAAGCGCUGGCGGAAACGAUCCUGCAGGAGUGCGCAAAGUUGGUUCCGGAGAUCGUACCGGAGGGGAAGACGUGGCGAGAGAUCGAUGUGAUUUCGCACAACGUGGGCCUCAGACCGGGCAGAGACAACGGCGCGAGAGUGGAGCUGGAACGUAUGGACGGGGCAGAGGGUGGACAGCUGACUGUAGUACAUUCGUAUGGAAUCGGUCCAGCGGGAUACCAGGCUUCGUUUGGGAUUGCGCAGGAAGUAGCCGACUUGGUUGAUGGCCAUUUCGCUCGUCCAUCCAAGCUGUAG